GCAUAUGCCCGGGCUUCUCUCCCUCCUCAGUGUGCCUCGCUCCCUCCCUCGCUGAUCCCUGAGCUCGCAUUGCUCGGGGAGAAGAGAAGAGAGAGGAACAAGGCCGGGGAUCGAUUGCGCAAGCACUUCACUGUCCUUUUUCCGGCGUUUGUCCUCCGGAUCUGGUGAGCUCUGCUUCCCCUGAUGCUUGUUGCUCUGUUGGUUUUGGUGGGUUUCGUGAGCGAAAAGGAGGCCCUUUUCUCCCUCAUUAAUGGUGUGUGGAGCAGCUGACAGAGUGUGAGAAUUUUCCACCCGAACGACGACUUUGUGUCCCUUCUUUGUCGCCGAUCUUGUUCCUGUCUCUGCGAGGACUGUGCCAGUCCUGCGCCGAUCCACUUUUCGUGAUUUUUAGCCCCAUUGCUCGAUAAGUCCUCUUUUGAGGCGGAGAUGGAUAGGGUUUCUACGGCGUCGAUGUUUCCGGGCGUGAUCCAGGCGCGGGAGCAGAUGUGGAUGGCGUGGCAGCAGGUGAAGGCGCCGGUGAUCGUGCCUCUGUUGCAGCUGGCAGUGUACAUCUGCCUGACCCUGUCGGUGAUGCUCUUCGUCGAGAAGGUCUACAUGGCCGUCGUGAUCACCACCGUUCGACUCCUUGGCCGCCGCCCGGAGACUCAAUACAAGUGGGAGCCGAUGGGCGACGACGCCGAGCUCGGCACCUCCGCCUACCCCAUGGUGCUCAUCCAAAUCCCAAUGUACAACGAGAAAGAGGUCUACCAGCUCUCGAUCGGAGCUGCUUGUGGGCUCUCAUGGCCUUCGGAUCGCAUCAUCAUCCAAGUGCUCGACGAUUCCACCGACGACUCCAUUAAGGAGCUGGUGCAGAUAGAGUGCCGGAAGUGGGCGAACAAGGGGGUCAACAUAAAGUAUGCUAUCCGUGAUGACAGGGUGGGUUACAAGGCGGGCGCGCUCCGGCAGGGGCUCAAGCAUAGCUACGUGAAGGAGUGCGAGUACGUUGUGAUCUUCGACGCCGACUUCCAGCCCGAGCCCGACUUCCUCCUCCGCACCAUCCCCUUCCUCAUCCACAACCCCAAGGUCGCCCUCGUCCAGGGCCGCUGGACUUUCGUAAACGCGGAUGAAAAUAUGAUGACAAGGAUGCAGGAGAUGUCUUUGGAUUACCAUUUCUUUGUUGAGCAGCAAGUGGGAUCCUCCACCUAUGGCUUCUUCGGUUUCAAUGGAACUGCUGGGGUAUGGCGGAUUUCUGCUGUCAAUGAGGCUGGAGGUUGGAAGGACCGGACGACCGUAGAGGACAUGGAUUUGUCUGUUCGAGCAAGCCUCAAGGGAUGGAAAUAUAUAUUCCUUAAAGACCUCGAGGUCAAAAGUGAACUACCAAGCACCUUCAAGGCCUUCCGCCAUCAGCAACACAGAUGGUCCUGUGGCCCAGCAAACUUGUUCAGGAAAAUGGUGAUGGAAAUAUGCAAAAAUAAGAAAGUGACUCUCUGGACAAAGAUCUACGUCAUAUACAGUUUUUUCUUUAUCAGAAAGAUUGUAGGUCAUAUUGUGACCUUCAUAUUUUACUGCAUUGUUAUACCAAUGACAGUCUUCAUUCCUGAAGUACAAAUACCAAAGUGGGGUUUAGUGUACAUUCCUUCAAUCAUUACUCUGCUGAAUUCAGUUGGAACACCAAGGUCUUUUCAUUUGCUGAUGUUCUGGAUCCUUUUUGAGAAUGUCAUGUCUCUGCAUAGAACAAAAGCAACCUUAAGUGGCCUCUUGGAAGCAGGAGGGAAAGUCAAUGAAUGGGUGGUGACGGAAAAGCUUGGAGAUAUUAUGAAGACAAAAUCUAAAGCAGCUAGGAAGCCACGGCUUAGAAUUGGUGACAGAUUGCAUCUAAUGGAGCUCUGUACUGGGUUAUAUCUUUUCUUCUGCGGGUGCUAUGACCUGGCCCAUGGGAAAAACCAUUACUACAUCUACCUCUAUCUUCAAGCGAUCGCUUUCAUAAUUGUCGGAUUUGGUUAUGUUGGCACUUUUGUUCCACAAUCCUAAUGGUCAUAACUCCUUAUACGACCAACUGCUUUAAAUAUACAUUACGUCAGUAUUAUAUCCAAUACCCGGGUUUGCAUCAGCUCAAGCAACUGUCUGAAACCAUUCACUUAAGAAAAGAACCACUCAUCAUCUACGAAGGCAGACUUCUAUCUAAUAGGAGCCUUGUGUGAAUAGUGAGUCAGUAUAAAUAUUAUUGUCUACCCAAAUGUAAUAGAUAGAAGGGCCUGAAUCUCUUCUGCAGAAGCUAAGGCAACGGCAGUUGAGAGAGAGAUAAGAUUUAGCUUUGUGAUGUGUGCAAGCUAGCAAUUCUAGUUUAUUUAUAAUUAUUGAAUUUCCCUUAUAUUCCUUUGUAUUGUUGUAUCCAGAACAAGCCCAAAGAAGCCAGCUGGGAACAUCCAGUUAAUUUUUA